CUGGACUGGAAAGCGGAAGCGGCGUGCAACACGUGGGGGCGGUGCCGGUCGAAGGGGUCCAGGUCCCCCGGAUUGUGGGAAGCCAGGCUGGUGGUUAACAGCGGAAGAGGAGGGACAGGCCGCGGGGAUCUGGAGGGACACCGCGGAGCAGGGAGACCGGCUGAGCGUUAUGGAUGGUUCAGGGGAGCAACCGGGCCCGCAGCCACUGCAUCCCGGGGGCCACUGCAUCCACGACGGCGACUUCGUGGUGCUGAAACGGGAAGAUGUGUUCAAAGCAGUGCAAGUCCAGCGGAGAAAAAAAGUAACUUUUGAAAAACAGUGGUUCUACCUGGAUAAUGUCAUUGGCCACAGUUAUGGAACCACAUUUGAAGUGACCAGUGGAGGAAGUCUGCAACCCAAGAAGAAGAAGGAAGAGCCCACUUCAGGAAAUAGUUCAGCAGUUAAUUGAAAAUAGUACAACAUUCCGAGACAAGACAGAAUUUGCUCAAGAUAAAUAUAUAAAAAAGAAGAAAAAGAAAUAUGAAGCUAUCAUUACUGUUGUGAAACCAUCCACCCGUAUUCUUUCAAUUAUGUAUUAUGCAAGAGAACCUGGAAAAAUUAACCACAUGAGGUACGAUACACUAGCCCAGAUGUUGACAUUGGGAAAUAUCCGUGCUGGCAACAAAAUGAUUGUAAUGGAAACAUGUGCAGGCUUGGUGCUGGGUGCAAUGAUGGAACGGAUGGGAGGUUUCGGCUCUAUUAUUCAGCUGUACCCUGGAGGUGAACCUGUUCGGGCAGCAACAGCAUGUUUUGGAUUUCCCAAGUCUUUCCUCAGUGGUCUUUAUGAAUUCCCCCUCAAUAAAGUGGACAGUCUCCUAAAUGGAACGUUUUCUGCUGAGAUGUUAUCUUCUGAGCCAAAAGACAGUGCUUCAGUUGAAGAAAGUAAUGGCACACUUGAGGAAAAACAGACUUCUGAGCAAGAGAAUGAAGACAGCAUGGCAGAGGCCCCAGAGAGCAAUCAUCCAGAAGAACAAGAAACAAUGGAAGCCAUUUCUCAAGAUCCAGAACACAAGGAGCCCAAAGAGAGAGGAGGCAAAAAAGAUUAUAUUCAGGAAAAACAAAGGAGACAAGAAGAGCAGAGGAAAAAACGUUUAGAGGCUGCUGCUCUGCUGAGUGAAAGAAAUGCAGACGGGUUAAUUGUAGCAAGCCGUUUCCAUCCCACCCCACUGCUGCUGUCUUUGCUGAACUUUGUGGCUCCUUCAAGGCCAUUCGUGGUCUACUGUCAGUACAAAGAGCCUCUGUUGGAGUGCUACACAAAACUGCGGGAGAGGGGUGGGGUCAUCAACCUCAGACUGUCUGAAACCUGGCUUAGAAAUUAUCAGGUUUUGCCAGAUCGAAGUCAUCCCAAACUGCUGAUGAGUGGAGGUGGGGGAUACCUUCUCUCAGGCUUCACUGUUGCUAUGGACAACCUUAAAGCAGACACCAGCCUCAAAUCCAAUGCAAGCACUUUAGAAUCACACAAGACUGAGGAACCAGCAGCUAAAAAACGGAAAUGUCCACAGUCUGAGUCUUAAUGCUUCAAGAAUUGCUUUGAAUUUUGUUCUCAGGCAUUAUACAGUUAGUACUUAAGCGUUAAAUGCCAUUACUAAUUGUUUUUUCCUGUCCUAAGAAUAAGAACAUGCCUGUCCACCCAUUCCUGGGAAGGAAGAGUCAGCCUUUUGUCCACUGUUGACACAGAUGGGUUUUGUCUGUCAAAACUGCAACCCUAGGAUGUGCGGUAGAUUGAUAUGACCAAAUGUAUUUAGCAAAAACCCUCUAAGAACUUCUAAAUACUCUGUGCAAAUAUCAAGAGAAUUUCAACAUCCUAAAGAUGUAUUUAUACAAGACUUUUUUUAUAUUUUAAGCUAAGUGGAAUGACAACAUAGCUAAAAAUUCAUGGGUACUGAAAGGAAGGAAUUGAUGGAAGUAAUUUCCUCUAUUCAUUCCAUUCUCUUCAACUUAAGCAAUAUGGAUGUGUGAGUGUGAGAUUUACAGUACCAAAUAUGUCCACCCAGUUCCCUGCAGUGGAAUAAGCUUUUCUGAAAUGCUAGGUUUUAUUAUUUGGCUAUCAUUCAGAAUAUUUACUUUACUGCUUUUUCUGUGUGUGUGUGUGCAUAAAAAGGUUUAGUAGGGUAAUUUUUGCAUUAAUUUGCCAAUUCUCUCAUUUUUGUUCUAAAUAAAGUGACUAGAAUUUUUGUGUAGUAUUAAAUUAAAAGGAAGAGAAACGGUUUUUUUUUUUUCCAUCUGCAGACUUACGGAUACACACCGCACACAUGUCUACACAUGUAUAUAUGUGUAUAAAAGUUGGUAUAUAAACAUUUACAUAUAUACAUAUAUGCACAUACAUAUCAAAACAGAUUGUCUUAUCUAUAUGAGUAUAUACACACACAUACACACGGAGACAAAGAAUAUACAAUCUAUUUGAACUAUGGCAAAGUUGUGCAGGACUUAGUCCAGUUCUUGUAUUAGUGUCACUCCUUGUCAAAUAUACUUUAAAGUGCCUUUUUUGCUGUUAUUAAUGCUAGUCUGAAGAGCUCAGCAUGAUUCAGUGGUUACCCUUUCUAAGCUCUGAACAACUGUGAUCAAAUCAUUUGAUUACCUGCUGCAGAGAAGAACAGUGUUAAUGAUAAGCCAAGGCUCUUCUCCAUUUGAGUGAACGAGUCUUUUACUCACUAGAAUGUACUCAUGUGUACUGUUCUUGUCAUCAUAGAAUAGAGACAUAUCAUUCUCUGAGGAGCAUCUCAGAACAAAAGAAAUGUUCCAAAUAGCAUGUGCUUUUCUGAUAAUGGCCAGUGUGAUUACCAGCAGUUCAGUUUUUAUUUCUUUUUCUUAAGAUAAUUGUUUUUAAAGACUAAAAAUGUUUUGCACUGUGAUCCAUCUGACUAACAAUGAUGCAGUGAUGCCACGUUGAUUGGCUUUUGGCCAACUGUGACACAUGGUCUGUUUGGCAGAGAACAUGCCUGGAUUGGCACCUUACAGAACAAGUUGCAAGCUGUCGUCACCCACAUAACAACCAGUCGAGUUUAGUCAAGGAGAACAGAAAACUACGUAGACUGAAAUCAGCAGGGGCUGGUCUCCAGUAGUCCUGUUAGAACCAUCUCUUACUUGAAAUUCAACCAGUUUCAAGUCCCAUUUCAUUCCCUAAAUUCUUCAUUUUAGUCCCCUGAGGGGUCUGGGGUCUGAGCGACCUAGUCCUUGGUUCCCAUAUUCUUGUGAACUCAUCUUACCAGCACCAACAGCAAAAGUUAACCUGUGUUAUUUUUUCUCAUUUAUAUAAUUUACUUCAUCUUUGAGUACAGUUGAUUUAAUUCAGUGGCUUACAAACUCAAUGUGCAGUUAGUGCUUGAAAACUUAGAACACCUGGGAGAACUUGUUAAACACAGAUUGUCAGAUCCUCCACCCCAAAGUUUUACUCAGUAGGUGUGUGGUGGGGGAGAAUAUUUGCAUGGUAAGUUUCUGAGUGAUGCUGGUGUUCUUAACCCCAGGAACCACCCCCUUGAGAACCAUGAGUGCACCCACAUCAUGGCUGCAGCUAAGCAUCUGAACAUAAGUUGUUUUGUCUUGUGUGUAAAAUGGACAUUCACCUUUGGACCCGAUGAAUGGAUAAUUUGACUUCUAGACAACCAGCCACCAGGAGAGUUAUGUGGAAUAGCACUUUGAUGAGUGGCAAUCAAAAAAAUUAAAGACAAAUCGUUUUGUAAUAUUCAUGCUAUUUUUUUGUUGGACUAGAGGACAAUAUUCUGUGAUGUCUGUUAAAGGGGUGAUUUUAGUUUAGGGGCAAACUCAAAUUGUAUAAAACAAAUCUUAUUGGGCAAUCAAUCAUGUACUUGUAUGUGGAAAAGCCAAAAAUAUAUUUCUUAAUAUAGAAAAAAAA